GAUAUCUAGAUUUACUACCAAUAAUAAUCAAUAUAUUUCGCUUUCCCUUUUUGCCUUCGUGUUUCAACCACCAAUUUAACUUACGUGAUAUUCCAUUAUGUAAUCACACCUCUUUCUAAUUGAUUGACCUUCUUCGAACGCGGCGCCAUUGAUUACAUAACUUUACUUUCCGCCAACGCAAUUGCGAAAAUACACACACUCUUGUUAGCGAACAACGAUUACUACUUUUUCCCACUCUAUGUAUAUUUGUCGCAUACACGAGAUUCACUGACAAUUGUUAUUUACCUUCGCAACCGUACGUACGUACUGGCAAUCGCCUGCAACAACGACGGCUAAUUUCUUUUGUGGAUUAUUAACUACAUAUGAUUAAAACACCUGUGGCUGAUGGAGACUUAGAUGGGUCAUCCCAAUUCAUCAUCAAUAGUUGACUUGCAGCUUUAAGUCUUAAUGUGCCUUUUGAUGAGACCUGUGUUUGGUCGUUAACACGAUGAAUUUGUGAUGGAAACAAAAGUGGAGAAAAUAUUGCAGUAUGGUGUCAAGCUGAGUAAGGUCUGAAAUACCGUCUGUCCUCGCCCCCACCAAUCAAGAUGCUGCGGCGCAUGAAGAAUGCCAUCGUGAGCAGGUUCCAGGGGACCAGGGUAGAUCCCGACGCAGAAUGGCGGAAGCAGAAUGCAGCUGCGGACGAGAACGAGAUGUACCAGUUGAUGUAUUUCAAUGAGAGAGGCAAGUUGGUUGAGGAGUACAGACAUGUUCUAGCCGGCCACAAAACUUUGGAGGAUUUUAGGUGUUACAUCAGAGAGAAUGUCGGCAAGAUGCUGUAUAACGAGGGCAAGGGGAAGACAAUCACUCAGCUUGAGUACGCAAGGUACAAGCUCAUCACGUUUGAUGGUAAAAAGCCUGAGACACCAGACAACGAGCUGAUGAGCAUCUUUGAAGAUGGUCAGGUCUCAGCGAUUAAUAAGUUCAAAGAGCAUGAGGCUUGCUUUGAUCUUAAUAAACGUGGAGCGAUCGGAGAGACCAUCCUGCACAUGUGUUUCCUCAACGAUACUCGGAUGCAUCGGGAGAUUGCUUCACAUUUGCUUUUUGUCUACCCCAAACUUGCUCUUGAUGUCUACGAAGGCAGCGAUUUCUUCGGUGAGAGUGCAUUACACAUGGCCAUUGUCAACAAAGAUUUCAGAUCGGUACAGCUCCUUGUCGGUCGAUACAAGGCUCGUCUGAACCAGAGGGCAACAGGACGCUUCUUCCGCCCGGACGACCUCAAGGAACGCAAGUACGCCGGCCACAAGAAGUCCUUCUAUGAGGGCACAGCCUACCUGGGGGAGUACCCUCUUGCAUUUUGCGCCAGUACGGGUGCCAUGGAGAUGUAUGAUUACUUCAUCAAUCAAUCUCUGAGGAGAAAGCCGGGAGAAGGAAGAUGUCAUCCAAAUGCUCAGGACUCGUUCGGGAACACUGUCGUCCAUAUGGCCAUCAUUCACAAUCAGACGCUCUUAUUCUACCAUGCCAUACACCAUAACAAGAUGCCUGCUUCCUAUACCAUACCCAACGAAGCUGGUCUCACCGCACUGCAGCUCUCCUUCCAGCUGGGUCGGAAUGAACUCUUCUCCGCUCUCCUUGAACUUAGCAGUGAAACGCAGUGGACCUACGGCAAGAUUGCCUAUGUUGCCUAUCCUCUGUCCAUCCUUGAUUCCAUUGAUGAAAAGGGAAAUCUCAAUAGCUCGGCAGCCCUGAGUGUGAUAGUUCAGUACGAUACCAUCAAUCAUCUCAGAAUGUUAGAAGGACAGGUGAUUGAUGAACUGCUCAAGGUCAAGUGGAAUAUGUAUGUCAAGCAUCAGUUUGCCUUCAAGCUAUUCUGGGCAUUGAUCCAUCUCACCUGGCUCUUCAUCGCUGUCCAGCUCCGUCCAGCAGUAGGUCUUCUGGAAGGAAGGGAUUCCGUCUCUAAGUUCCGUUAUGCGUCUGAAGUAUGUGUGAUCGUCGGGUGUGUUGCAAAGACUGCUACAGAACUAACAGAGAUUAGAGCGAGAGGAUCGGUCACCGAGUACUUGAAAAGCUUGGCCGAUUUUCCGACCAAAGCUCUUUUUAUGAUAGCCGUCGUCCUUCUCUUUAUCUGCAUCCCUCUCCGUUUCAUGGGUCUGGAGUGGUAUGAAAAUGUCCUCAUCAUGUUCAUUGUGCCUCUAUCGUGGAGCUACCUCUUGUUCUUCUUCAGGGGUCACCCAAGCCUUGGUCCAAUGGUGGUAGUCUUCUUCAAGAUGUUGAAAGGAGACUUGUUGAGAUUCUCUCUUAUAUAUUUCAUUCUUCUCAUUGUGUUUGCUCAAGCUUUCUUUUUCCUCUUCAAGGACAGUGGUGCAAUGACCUCAUCUUUCAAGACCAUUCCAGAAACUUUUAUUUCAACAUUCAUCAUGACAAAUGGGGAAUUUAAUUGGCGUGAGCUCUAUGAAUGCCGCAUGCCGUGGCUGGCCAUCAUCAUGUUCGUCGUCUUCAUGUGGUUCAUCUCCGUUCUCAUGCUCAACAUGGUCAUCGCUAUGAUGGCCCGUACGUUUGACAUCAUCAAGGAAAGAUCCCGGAUGGAAUGGAAGAGACAGUGGGCCAUGAUUGUUUUGAACGUGGAAAGGUCUGUGUUGAGACCAAAGUUAGCCAAAGUACGAAAAGCUUACUCAUUUCCUCUUAAAAUCAAACACCGGGUCGGUAUCAUGGACAGUGCUCAGCCCGAAACAAGUGACAAUCACAGCCGCCCCUCUCUACUACGGAAAAGUACAAUACAAGAUGUCAAAGUCAAAAAGUUCAAGCGGGGAACUAGGCUAGUACACAUGAACAGUGUAGCACAGAGUGUGGUCAUGAAGGAAGUUGAUGCUUUCACGAUAACAAAAGUACUUCCACAUAGCAAGGCUGAAACGAGAAGAAAAGCUAAGAAGAGGUGGAAGAACCUCAUAAGGAAUGUGAUAGUUCAGCAAAGGUUUGGUGUUCACGGGAGUCCAGGUAGAGCUUUCAUGCCGACCAGAAUCAAUCAUAAAAAUCCAGAGGUUCCUACCAUCAGCCGCGGAAUAAAAUUGCCUCCGAUCGGGGAGCACGCGCCCUCGCAACUCUUAUGAUAACAAAUGGAGACAGUAAUGUAAACUGACAGAGACAGUAGUCCUAUAGAUGCCAAGUGCAUCAGAUGGAGGGAUGUCAAGUCAAUGUGUAUGUGCAAGUGAGCUGAACAAGUUAGAUUUGUUUGUCUUUGGACGCAGACUUAAGCCAGCGGAAACUAACGUUUUCGCUUUCUGCCUUGGAUAGAUGGCACCACAAAGUAUUUGGAUUACCCAUGAUAGCUGCCAGAGGAUCACAACUUCAGGGAUGCCAUCGAGGCCUGCCUGGAGACCACUUUUUGCCUGCCAUGAUGGCAUCGGCCUCGUGACUCGGAAGUUCCAGCCUUGACUGCAUUCCAGAAUCCAUUUGACUCCUCGACUGAGCUCAAACCUCAUGAGUGGACAGGAAAGAGGUUUGCAAAACCACAGAGAGAGGUGGAGGACAGAAUCUUC